AUGCUGCAUUUUCCCGUUACUUCAUCGAAUAGCGCUGCGAGUUCAACGAAUAACGCCGCGAGUUUCACAAAUACCGCCGUUCCAGGGAGACCAGCACCAAAUCAGGCGAGUAACUCAUUUUCAAAUCCUGAAAUGCGAACACUCGCAACAAAUGUUUUUUCGACCAUUCAUGCUCCAAAAUCUGUCUUGCUCGCGACAGCUCUCAUCCCAGUGGAAAACGUGAAAACCGGUAAAGUCACCGUUUUACGUGCACUCAUCGACGACUGUUCAGAAGGCACGAUUAUAUCUGAGCAUGCCACCAACGUUUUGGGUCUUCGACGAACAUCUGCCAUCACCGAAGUCAACGGCGUAGGCCAAAACCAUGCUGGAACUAGCAACGAAAUAGUUCAAUUUGCAUUGCGAUCCAAUGUACAUCGAGAUUAUCGAGUUUUUGUCGACUUAGCCAUCGUAAUGAAAGUCGUCACAUCUGAUUUGCCAAGCCGACGGGUUACGCCCCAAGAUUGGCCACACAUUCAUGGAUUAGUGUUAGCUGAUCCAACUUACUUCGAACCAGGAAAAAUUGAUCUGCUCAUCGGCUCAGAAUGGUCUGCAUCGAUCAUGUUACCAGACACACGCAUCGGUCAACCAAAUCACCCAAUCGCUCGAAAUACAUACUUUGGGUGGAUUUUGCAUGGCCAGACAGCAUCAAUUUCCAAACCCAAUUCAGCUAACAAUCAAAAGGUCACCAUACGGACUCAUCACACGUCCAUAGAUCUCAGCUCAUUAUUUCACGACUUCAUCGAAGCUGAAAAAAUACCGCAAGAGAAAUCGCAUACCGAAGAGGAAAAAUGGUUUAUGGAUUUCUUCAAACAAACGCAUCAUCGUCAACCCAAUGGAAAAUACAUGGUGCGUCUUCCAUUCAAAUCAUACAAUUUAGGGCGCUCACAUCAAAUUGGCGUGAAUUGGUUUCAUCGUUUGGAACGCCGUUUCAAUCGCGUGGAAGGUUUGCGAGAGCGCUACGAAGCAGGUAUCAAUGAAUAUUUUCAACUUAAUCAAAUUAUACCUGCUCCAUUCCCAGAACAAGCAUACGUCACUCACGACGACAAUGGAAAUGUAAUUGUUCGAGCGUGCGUUUUACCACACCACGCUAUCAUCAAAGAAGACAGUCUCCCCACGAAGACUCGAAUCGUUUUCAAUGCAUCGGCAAAAACGUCCAACGGUCGCUCCUUGAACGAAAACUUAUGCAUCGGUCCUGCACUGCAAAACGAAUUGCCCGCUGUAAUUCUCAACUGGAGAUUGUACGAAUUUGUUUUCACCGCAGACAUUCAGCGCAUGUAUCGUUGCAUUGAUAUGCACCCUGACGAUGUACCAUAUCAACAAAUUUUAUGGAGAAACGAUUCGGGUGAGUUGCAAACAUUUUGCCUAACAACCGUAACAUUUGGAACAGCACCAGCCCCUGCGAUUGCUAUCUCGGUGAUGCACCAGAUUGCCAAUGAUGAGAAGGAGAAUUUUCCGCUCGCCGAAUCGAUUCUAAAGCAAGAAAUGUACGUCGACGAUGUACAAUCUGGCGGGCAUUCGAUCGAAAGUGCCUUAGCUAAACGAGAUGAUUUAAUCGCUGCACUCAAAUCAGCGGGUAUGGAGCUGCGGAAAUGGGGCAGCAACCAUCCAUCGUUAUUAUCAUCGAUUCCAAUUGAACAUCAAUCCAUAAAUUCAGCGUUAGAGUUCAACACGGACGAAACCGUCAAAACGCUCGGAAUGAUUUGGCAACCUGGCGCCGAUCAAUUCAAAUACAAACUCCGAUUUGAACCAGCAAAAAUUGCGACGAAACGAGCUGUUUUGUCAACAACUGCUCGCCUCUACGAUCCGUUGGGUUACAUCGCACCGGUUGUGGUCGUUGCAAAAAUCAUUCUCAAAAGCAUCUGGGGCCAUAACUCAUCAACUCACAAUGAUGCUCAAUCGAACCAAGAGACAGCAUUGAAUUGGGACGACGUUUUACCAGAAUCGCUCAACGAACUUUGGAACAAAUUUCUGGGGGAAUUGCCUGACAUCGAGAAGAUAUCCAUACCAAGAUGGAUCCAAUUUGCGCCGAAUCAAAUUCAAUCAAUCGAGUUACAUGCAUUUUGUGACGGCGCAACAUCAGCAUAUGCAGCAAAUGUGUACAUACGAAUGCAGUACAGCAAUGGAUUGGUACACACGCAUCUACUCAUCGCCAAAAGCAAGGUAACUCCAACCAAACCAUUAACCAUUCCACGAAUCGAAUUGUGUGGAGCUGAACUUGCCACUCGAUUAGCAGUUUGGGUAAAAUCAAAUCUUCAGAUCUCAGUCGAUCAAAUUCCGAUUUAUUUUUGGUGUGACGCAACGAUUGUGUUACAUUGGAUUCAUGGAGACAUCUCACGUUGGAAAACGUACGUUGCAAAUCGAAUUAGUAAGAUUUUAUCAUCAACGUCACCCAAACAAUGGAGCCAUGUUGGCACUCACGAUAAUCCUGCCGAUUGUGCCACUCGUGGAUUGACACCGACACAGUUAUCCAAGUUCGAUUUGUGGUGGAAGGGACCGGAUUGGUUAGUCAAAUCAAAAAAGGACUGGCCUACAUUCAAACCGGGCGUCAUUAGCUUCAGUGAGGAUUUGGCAGAAGUAAAGUCAUCCGAAAUUCAUGUUCAUGUGAGCAUUCAAACCGAAUCGAUUAUGUUUCUGUAUUCAUCGUUAUACAAAUUGAUUCGGGUCAACGCAUGGAUUCGUCGAUUUCGUCACAACGCACUCAACAAAUUGAAACGAAUGCAAGGAGAACUGACCGUAGCAGAAAUCCAAUCCAGUUUGUUCCAGUUGGUCCGUCUCGUGCAAGCGGAAGCAUUCGGUAAGGAGAUUAAAUGUAUUUCCAAUAAUGAACCUUUACCCAAGAAAUGUAAAAUUAGCGGAUUAGCACCAUUUUUGGAUGAACAAAAUAUUGUCCGUGGCCGACAUGCCGUUCGGUCACGUAUUCGCAAGUGUGUCACCUGCUUCAAAGCAAAACCAGAAACAACAACACAAUUGAUGGGAAAUUUGCCGUACAAUCGCGUUAAUCCACCUCAUCGACCGUUCUUAGCCACUGGAGUGGACUUCACUGGUGCAAUUGAACUCAAAGCAUCCAAAUUUCGUGGCAAUACGACGUACAAGGGAUACAUUGCUCUGUUCAUUUGCCUCGCAACCAAAGCUGUUCACCUCGAAGCAACGACGGGAAUGACAACUGAACAUUUUUUGUGUGCAUUGCAUCGUUUCAUCGGACGUCGAGGCAAGCCUCGUGAUAUGCACAGCGAUAAUGGCACCAAUUUCGUCGGCGCCGAGAAAAUCGUCGGUCAUAAUUCAUUUGUAGACGCUAUCAACAAAGACAUUGUGCCAAAAUUGUCAAUGCAAGGCAUUCAGUGGCAUUUCAAUCCACCACAUUCGCCGAAUUUUGGAGGACUUUGGGAAGCCAACAUCAAAUCGCUCAAAUUCCACUUGAAACGAAUGAUCGAUGGAACACGACUCACAUUCGAAGAGCUCACAACUGUCUUG